CCUGUCUACGAGGAGUGCGUUUGAUUGUUGCAGGGCUCAAUGGCGGACAGAGCAGGAUAGUCGCGUUAACACCGAGGACAAUAACGUUUCCACUGGGUGAAUUCCUGGCGUGACCCGGUCCGCCGCCGUGUCUCCCCGAGUGUAGCGGUCGAAACGACCUCUCUUGUGCAACAGCGCGGAGAACAAAGCUCUUUUCUGCCUCGGAGCCUGAUUAUCUUCCUUGAGUUGCCAUCUCCAGCGGUACAAGUUGCACCGUUCAUGGUGGCUCACUAGAGGCAGCUAGCUUGUGAGCAAACCAUGGGGGACUCUCUCGAAUUGAUAGGCAAGCGCCUGCUUCUGCUUCUCGACGACGGCAGGUCUGCGAAUGGAUCCGAGGCCGAGCGGGCUCCGUGGGCCCGGGACUGGCUCCGCGGGACGGUGCGGGCGGUGAGCGUCAUCGGCCUGGCCGCUCCGGAGGUUAGCGGCACGGAGGCGACCACUACCACCUCCACCAGCACCACCGCUGCAGGGCUGACGGUAUUUGUGGAGUUUGAGAAUGCGUCGCAGAGGUGUUCUUGGGUGCAGGUGUACGAUGAGGGGGUGAAAGCUGUGCUGGUGGAGGACUCCAUCGUCUGGGCCCAUCGUAGUGACGCUACAGAGACACCUGGAGCUCCAGCCUCAGCCACGUCCUGGCCUGCUCUGGCUUUCCGCUCACUAGUGGACAGAGUGGGUUUAGGGGCAUCGGUUCCCAUAGAGUAUUUUGGAAACAAGAAUUUUGCAUUCCUGCCUGACAACAAAGCUGUCCAGAGGUUUGAGAUUGAUAAAGACACAAGACACCCUUUGCUGUUGGAGCAACCCUCUCUGCAGGCUGCCAUCUCCAGCUGGCGUGCUGACUUUGAACUACAGGAGAUCUUCAGGAAGGGGUCGUACACUAUUCAAGGACGCAGGGUUCGUGUCUACCAGCCAGAGUUUGAGGAGUGCUGGGCUACAGGACUGGUCUCGCAGCACGACCCGAUCUCUCACAUUAUGGAGAUUACCUUGGAUAAGGGAGAAGAAAAUCAGAUUGUAGAUCCUCGUGUGAUACACGUCAUGCUGACAGAGGAGGAGAUUGGCAAGAACGGACGGCGAAGGAAGGACAGUGAGACAAUGAAGGGAGACAGUGGGCGCAGGCGUAGAACUGCCUCAGAAGGUGAGGAUGACUUGAACCUGAAACGGUUUAAAGGAGCAGGAGAUACGGGAGAUGCACAAAAGUGUGGCGAUUCCAACAAAACUCCAGCAGAAGGAAUGGGGAUUUGGGCCGGAGACUCCAAUGAAAGAGUCAGCAGCACAACCAAAAACGGGAGCUCUUCAGACGGAACCUUUCCUCAGGGCAGAGUGUCCUCCCCCAGCAUCAACCCCUCACUCCAGAUGGACCAGUCAAACGCCACUCCUCGCUGUCCCACCAACAUCAAAGAAAAUGGUCGCUCGCUCUCCACGCAAGGAGCUGCAGACUCUACCACCACCAUAACUCAUACCCCUACCCCUCCUCCCCUUAAACCGGCUCCCUCCCCCUUCUCCACCACGUCUUUUCCAUCACUAGGCCAGAUGCCAAUCCUGGUCCCCGGAGCUCCAGCCCCCAAGGCCUCCCCAUCACCCCAGCCGGACCGAGAGGAGGCCUGUCAGUCGGCUUAUUCUAAAACGGCUGCUCUUGUUUCCCCGGGACCUGUCACCAUCUCUUGGACACCAGACAGUGGCCCCAGUGUGGCUCUUUCUGCAUCCGUGGGUUUUAGUCCUAAAGCUCCCAUCUGGGGAAGCCAGACUGAGGGUUCUAAAACAGCAUCAGGGUUUCGUUUAUCCCAGACAGUCCCCACUGCUCCUGUAUUUGGAGAUAUUACCUCUCAGACCAAUGGAGCUCCUACCACAGCCUCCCAGGACACUCCCAGGCCUUUUGGCUUUGGUUUUGGUGGAGCAAAGAAUCAGGCUCCAUCUCAGCAAGACCAAAAUCUGUUUUUUCAGUGCAUGACCCAGAAUUCGGGCUCCAGUCCUAGCCUAACGUCUGGUCAGACCCCAUCCAAGGACACUAAUUACUUCACUGCAGUGUCUAAAAGCUUGACUAAAGAGCCCCCGAGCCUUUUCAAGCCAGCAACUUCCACUGAAGGGCUAAAAAAGCCUGAGCAGCCCAAAGUGCCUGAGGCCCAACCAACGGGAAAUGGUGUGUUCAACAAAUCAUCUUCGGCCUUCCAGGCCAUGGCUGGAUCGGCAGGAGGACGGAGCUCUAGCUUAAGUGUCUCUGGAGCCCAAUGUGCUUCCAAGAAGAACAAUAAUAAUGGAACUUCUGUAGGGGCCUUAGGGCUGCAGACUGGCUUUAAUUCUUCAGAAAGCCACCAGAACCUUUUUCUACAGGCCUCCAAGGAGCCUGCUAAUCCUUUUCUAGCAUAUGGGGAUAAAACCUCCCACACAUCAUUUGCUGGCCUCACUGGAACUGAGCCUCAGACUCUUGGUCCGGCCGUGGACAGCAGCAAGCCAAACCUCUUCACUAUGGCAGAGCCACCUAAGGGGAUCCUGUCUUCCCCUUUCCCAGCACACUCAGCAGCUGCUUCAUCCAGCUCUUCCUCUUCUCCGGCGUCAUCUUCAUCUCAGAGGUUACAGAGUGAAGGGUCCGUAGCAAAGGAGGAGCAAGAACUUGGGGAGAUGCCUUCAUCCACUUCAGGCUGCGCCAUGUUUGGAAGCACUGGCCCCAGUGGGAUGGAGGAAGCACCUGCGUCCUUUGACCAGAGCCAGUCGCAAAAAUUCAGUCUGGAAGAACGAGGCCAGUCGUCUAAGCGUGACUCUGACUCCAGCAGCAACAGUGACCUGUCAGACCUGAGUGAGAAUGAGGAAGGUCUGGAGAAAGGCCAAGUCCCGGGAGGACCUCUUCAUAACACCAAGGAUGGGACCAUUCUGCAGAAAACUAAAGUCCAAGGGGCUCCUAAGAGCCGUCCACGUAACAAGCCUUUCAAAGUGGGCCAGUCGGUACUAAAAGACCAGAGCAAGGUGCGACGUCUGAAGCAGUCUGGUGAGUCUUUUCUCCAAGACGGCUCCUGCAUCAACGUGGCCCCUCACUUGCACAAGUGCCGCGAGUGUCGUCUGGAGCGUUACCGGAAAUAUCGAAAUACAGGCGAAGACAGUGAUGGUGAUGACGACCCAAAUGUGGCCUGUCGUUUCUUCCACUUCAGAAGGUUGGCUUUCACUCGUAAAGGUGUACUCCGUGUUGAAGGCUUCUUAAGUCCUCAGCAGAGUGAUUCUAUGGCCAUGGGUUUAUGGCUGCCUGCACCAGCUGUCCAAGAGGGGCUCGAUCUAGACACGUCUAAGUACAUCCUGGCCAACGUGGGAGACCAGUUCUGUCAGUUGGUCAUGUCUGAGAAAGAGGCCAUGAUGAUGGUGGAACCUCACCAGAAAGUGGCGUGGAAGCGCGCUGUGCGUGGUGUUCGGGAAAUGUGUGACGUGUGUGAGACAACCCUGUUCAACAUCCACUGGGUUUGUCGCAAGUGUGGCUUUGGAGUGUGUCUGGACUGCUAUCGGCUGAGGAGGAAUAGGCCAAGAGAGGAUGUAGAUGAAACUCCAGAGGAUGAGGUUUUCUCUUGGUUGAAAUGUGCCAAAGGCCAACCUCAUGAGCCACAGAACCUCAUGCCUACACAAAUCAUACCUGGCACAGCUCUUUACAACAUAGGUGACAUGGUACACUCAGCAAGAGGCAAGUGGGGUAUUAAAGCCAAUUGUCCGUGUGCCAGUCGACACACCAAGCCUUUAGUGCGUCCUACUGCUCCCAAUGGAAUUUCACAGUCUUCGACGAGCAGUGGAGGUGGCCUUGCAGCUGCGGCCUCUGGUAUGGGCACCGCUCCAAAAUCAGAGGGUGAAACAUCGGUGAUUAAAACAGAAACUACGCAAACAGCAGCGCCGUCAGACAGUGGAGGUGGGGAAAGCGUGGGAAGUACCAGUAAUUCCCUCGGUGGUACAUCCUCACCCUGUAACCUCACCCAGUCCACUCCCAAGGAUUCGCGCUCAUCAGGAGAGGGCAACAGCUCUGCUCUGCACUGGCUUGCAGACUUGGCCACGCAGAAGGCCAAGGAUGAACCCAAGGAAUCCGGUACACUUCGCUCCAUAAUGAGUCGAGACAGUCGGCCUCCCUUUGGUCUGGAUUCACUCAGUGCCCUAUCAAAGCCUUCUGCUUCCAGCCCUAAGCUAUUUAACAGCCUGUUACUGGGCUCCAGUAUGGCCCAGUCUAAACCUGAGGGGUCCAGUCUCCGGGACCUGCUCAACUCUGGACCGGGAAAACUGCCCCAGGGCCCUGGAGAGAGUGGAGUACCAUUCCCUUCCGUUUUUACCUCAGCAGGAAGUGACAAGUUGAAGAGCAGCCUGCCGAACUUCCUGGAUCACAUCAUCGCCUCAGUUGUGGAGACCAAGAAGGCAGAGGGCCGUCGAACCGGGGCCUCUGAAGGUGGCGAACUCAGUGUGCUGGGGGCCCGCAAGGAUGGUGUAAUGGGCCUUAGUGUUUUGGAACCACAUACCUCACACUCCUGGCUCUGCGACGGGCGACUCCUUUGCCUGCAGGAUCCCAGCAACAGCAACAACUGGAAAAUCUUCAGAGAGUGCUGGAAGCAGGGACAACCUGUGUUGGUGUCAGGGAUACAUAAACGCCUGAAAUCUGAACUGUGGCGGCCAGAGGCCUUCAGUGAGGAAUUUGGAGACCAGGACGUAGACUUGGUCAACUGUAGAAAUUGUGCUAUUAUCUCUGACGUUAAAGUGCGAGACUUCUGGGACGGAUUUGAGGUUAUCGCCAAGCGACUGCAAGAUGCUGAUGGCCAGCCUAUGGUGUUAAAAUUAAAGGAUUGGCCUCCAGGUGAAGAUUUCAGGGACAUGAUGCCCACACGGUUUGACGAUUUAAUGGACAACCUCCCUCUGCCCGAGUACACGAAAAGAGACGGUCGUCUAAACCUCGCUGCUCGCCUUCCCAAUUUUUUCGUGCGUCCAGACCUUGGGCCUAAAAUGUACAACGCCUAUGGCUUAAUUUCAAGUGAAGACAGGAAGGUGGGAACCACUAACCUCCAUCUGGAUGUGUCCGAUGCCGUCAACGUCAUGGUCUAUGUUGGCAUUCCUCACGGAGAAGGGAACCAGGAAGAAGAGGCAGAUAUCUCCGGACGCAAAGAGGUCAUGACGACGAUCGAGGAGGGCGAUGUGGAUGAAAUGACGAAGAGGAGGGUGUACGAGGGAAAGGAGAAACCGGGCGCUCUGUGGCACAUCUACGCGGCCAAGGAUGCCGAGAAGAUCAGAGAGUUGCUCCGCAAGGUGGGAGAGGAGCAAGGCCAAGAGAAUCCUCCAGACCACGACCCCAUUCACGACCAGAGCUGGUACCUGGACCAGGUGCUCCGCCGCAGGCUCUAUGAAGAAUAUGGCGUCCAGGGCUGGGCUAUUGUACAGUUCUUAGGAGAUGCUGUGUUCAUCCCUGCAGGAGCACCACAUCAGGUACACAACCUGUACAGCUGUAUCAAGGUGGCAGAGGACUUUGUGUCUCCUGAGCAUGUGAGGCACUGUUUCAGACUGACCCAGGAGUUCAGACACCUGUCCACUACUCACACAAACCACGAGGACAAGCUACAGGUGAAGAACAUCAUCUAUCAUGCAGUGAAGGACGCUGUCGGGACACUGAAGGCCCAUGAACCUAAACUAGCACGCCCUUAGUUCCUCUCCCCGAACAACCAGCCUCUGAAGACCACUCCACUACACAAGCAGCAUACACAUGUACAAGCUGCAGAGUACAAAGAUACUGUAGGUUUUGGGGGGCAGUGAAGGUUUGAUUUUGGGGGGAAAAGAACACUUGUUUUUGGGAGGGAUUAUUUGGGGAGGGGCUAAUCAGCAGCAGUGCUUCGAUGAAGGAGGUCCUUUAUCGUUGUUACACAGUACGCUCAAACUUGUCUAGUUGUUUUCCUUUUUUUAUUAACUCUGUAUUUAAGGUCAGUGUGUUCUGUUUAUUUCAUUGUAUAUGUAAGAUGUGAGAGUAAGGGAGGUAAAAGCUGACGUGCCUUUGGAGCAGAGGUUCAGCGACAAUAUAAGCAACUGACAAAAUGUGAGUAUUGGGCUAACUUACCUAUUAUGACAACGUUGAUAUAAUUUUCUUCAAUAGGAGCAAGGUUAACCUGUUUUGUAGAUUUUUUUUGGUUGAAGUUUUUAAACAGCUGAUUGUUUCUGCCCUCUGUGGCUGAAAUGAAUCUGUGAAGCAGCCAGUCAAGGGAAGCAGACCAAAGUUUUGUAUGUUUAGUUUUCUUAUUUCACUUUUAGAGUAAGAAGUCUUUUCUUUUUAUACGCCACAAGGUAAUGUGUAAAGAGGGCUUCAGAGAGGGCAGUGUCUUUUUUUUUUUUUUUUUUUUCCACUUGUCUUUGUUCCGGUGGCUGAAUGAACUGCUGACUUCUAACGUUGUUCAAGAAUCACAAUUGCAGCUGAACAGAACUACUGGCCAUUAACAUUGUAUCAAUAUAUAUAUUGAUCUUAGCAGUCUGUUUGAUUUUUCACAAUAAAGUUUACAAAAAUGAA